AUGAACUCUGGAAUCCGAUGCGGAAUCCAGGCCGGAUGGGUGGUCACGUGGUGGCAACGGACGAGAACAUAUGAAGGUUAUGAACAGUUUAAUUCGGAAAUGUUGGAUGUGCAGGCUGCGGAUCGAUGCGAUCCACGUUCGCAGCACGAGAACAGCCAGAGCCCCGAACGCGGGCUAUUCGACGAGUUAUGCGAACACGACGAUCCACCAUCGUCGCGCCCCCGCUGA